CCCUCUUGUUAUUGGUGCGCCGUCCCUCCUCCGAGCAGCGGAUGCGAGAAGGAGGUUCCUUAAGAUUUACCUCCAAGGGAACGACCUGAACAUUGUUUCUUCGCCAUGGAAAAGGGGUUGGAAAAGUGCCUCGACGAAGUCUCGCACAGCCCAGGGGUCUCUGGGGUGUUGUGUUCAGAUAACCAAGGACUAUGUCUGGGUGUUCGAGGGAAGGCCUCUGCAUCUUCCUCGGGAGUGGUUUCAGCUGUUGCAGAGAAGGCAGCCAUGCUGGAACCAGGAAGCCCACAGCCAGUUGUGCUUCUUGAGUCAGACACUAGCCAGUGCCUGAUUCACCGAAGCAAUGGAGUCACGCUUGCUGUUUUCAAGAGUCCUGAGACCACCUAGAGUUGUGGCUCCAUCUGUUAUCUGGAAUAUAAGUUCCAUUGCUUCCUUGAGACUUCCCUUUUGGCUAUUGAUCCAGUAUUUUAGUUUGGAAAUGUUUCAAGUGCUGCAAACAGAGCAAAAGUUGCAUUGUCUUAUGUCAAUUUUAAAAUCUCAUAUCAUAUCUAUUUGAUUGAGUAAAGUAAUUAUUUCCAUUUUUGUUUAAGCCUGUUGCAGACCAUUAGUAGCUUAUAGUGAUUUCCUUUUUGUAACAAUUUAAAGUUUAAUAAAGGUAGAUAUAACUAAAAUUUAUGUUAAUAGUUUUAAGUUCUCGUAUUCAUUAUUCAUUUAUUUUGAUCACUGAUUACAUCCAAUAAAGUGUAUCAUUAAUGUCAAAUAGAUGUCAGUAAGACAUAAAGGCCUCGUUUAAUUAAAUAUUCAUAUGUAUAUUUUGUAUUGAAUGCAAGGGUCUAACCUUUUAGAAAUAAUGAACAAAAAAACAUCAAUAUAUUUUCUUCUUGUCAAAUAUCAACCCUUUGCAUGGAAAAUUGUUUGUAUGAAUUGAACUAUGUAUAUUUGAAGUGUUUUUUUUCUGCAAAAUACUGUAUUCUGAUUCUAUUUACAUAUACUUGUGUGUGGGUGCAUAUAUAUCUGUGAUACAGGUGUAAAUGAAAUAAAAUUAUGCCUUCAGA